CCUGGGGCUGAGGCUGGGACUUUUAUAACUCUCAGACAUUUGGCACGGACUCUACAUAUUAACAGUCCGCAAGAGUGGACGCCUCAAUGAGAAGGUCUCCAGGAGACAUUAUGGAGUUAACACAAGCUGAUAGGCGGCAUUUAGACAAGAGCAAAAAGGACACAGGUUCUUCAGGAAACACUGAUGACAGCCUGAAAUAUGACAGUGGGUGCGUAGCCCAUGACUUCAGCAUCCACAGCAAAGAUCUGCUCCCUGCUGAGGACGGAGAGGAAACAACCAAGCACUUCCUCCAGGAGCUGGUAAACAUCUUGCUGGCCUACAUCAGUAAAUCCCUCAAACGCAGCUCCAAAGUUCUAGAUUUCCACUAUCCUCACCAGCUUAAGGAAGGCCUGGAGGGCUUCAGCCUGGAGCUCCCUGACCAACCAGAUAACCUGGAGCAGCUGUUGGUGGACUGCAGAUACACACUUAAAUAUGGAGUUAAAACAGGCCAUCCAAGAUUUUUCAACCAGCUGUCAACUGGACUUGACAUCAUUGGUCUGGCAGGAGAAUGGUUGACGUCCACAGCAAAUACAAACAUGUUCACUUAUGAAAUAUCCCCGGUCUUUAUACUCAUGGAGGAAGUAGUUCUGAGAAAAAUGCAUUCAAUUAUUGGAUGGCCAGAGGAAGAUGGAGAUGGCAUCUUUUGUCCUGGAGGCACCAUGUCCAAUCUGUACAGUGUGUUGUUGGCUAGGUUUCAUCUCUUUCCGGCGGUGAAGACCCACGGGAUGUCUGCGAUACCUCGCCUGGCACUGUUCACCUCCAUGCACAGUCAUUAUUCAAUCAAAAAGUCUGCAGCGGUUCUCGGCAUCGGCUCUGAAAAUGUUAUAGUUGUCAGAUGUGACGAAAGGGGGAAGAUGAUCUCAUCAGAACUGAACUCCAGCAUUGAGGCAGCAAAGUCUAAGGUUAGUCAAAUGAGCUGACUUUGAGCUGAAUAUUUAAUAUUUUAGAAGUUUGUGGUAACACUUUAGGACAGGGACCAAUUCUCACUAUUAACUACUUGCAUGCCUAUUGAAAAGGAGGAACCAU